AUGACCGCCACCCAUGAGCAAAGUGCUCCUGCUCGAACUCGGGUCCUCGGCCAGAAACAGAGCAAGUACGGCUGUAUCACUUGCAAGAAACGGAAGGUGCGGUGCGAUGAAACGAUUCCGGCGUGCCUUACAUGCGUUAAGUCUGGUCGAGAAUGCGCAGGCUACAAGCGUAUCUCAAAGCUGCAACAUGCUGCAUAUCAAGAUCUUGUGGUCUUAGAGCAACCGAGUAUCUCCCCGAACGGCUCUGCGACUGCCCAGCCUAUGAUACGGCUCGUCAUAGAUUGCCUGUCGUCGGAUCCUCAUCGGCUAUAUAACCAAGCGUCCGGAGAAAUUUUCCAGACUAUACUGCCUCAGCUUGCCGCGACAUGGCCAUGUGUUAGCGCUUCAGCAGCAGCCCUUGGUGCCGCCUACGACUUCUCCGUGCUCCGUCAAGAUCGAGCUGAUGGCAGUGCUGUGGCAACGAAGUACUACCUGGAGGCACUUCGGCAGAUCCAGGAGGAGUUGAAACAGAGUGAUGCAUCAAUAGUGCCUCUGCUUUUGGCUGCGGCACUGUUGGCUGCGGCCGAGAGCGUCCAGGAGCAACAGCAUUUGGCCUUCAAUCAUGUAUCAGGAGCCUUCUGCAUGGUGCAUCUCAGGACUCUGGGACGUGGUGUGCUGACGAAACCCGCACGGCUGACCGAAGGCCUGGAGCCUCUCAUCACCAUGUAUGGCGAGCUCGAUCAGCAUAUUUCGUCCUGGUCAUGGGGUCGAAUACCUGGGUUUCCACCGAUGCCAGUGCCACCACGCUUGCAGGAUCUACGAACGAUUGAAGAUCUCAUCGAAAUGCAGCCAAUCUUGCAGCAGCACUGUUUGCAUCUGAUCGGAAACGCAGCACAUUCAAUACCUGAUGCGAAGCAGAUUUGUGUCCGGCACGAGUUGUUCAGCCAGCAGCACGACUUAGUCGCAGGCCUCAGACGAUGGCUAAGUGCUUGGCUCAACCUUGUUGACAAUUCACACGCAAGUGUCUCCCUAAGCAGUUUGCGACAUUUACAGAUUCUUCGGAUCCAGAUGCUGAACAUAUACAUCGCCACAUCCAACAUGAAGCCGUCAUGUCAGACCUCAUACGACGUAUACGCUCCUGAUUUUGAGGAGAUCAUUGCGUUGGCUGAACAGAUUUUGCAAUCAAGCUCCGAGAGCACGAGUUCCGGUUCUUCUCCAAGCACAAGCGCAAGUUCUUCAACUAUGUCAACGCCUUUUGCGCUUGUGCCAGGAGUAAUCCCGGCAUUGAGCUUCACCGCACGCAAAUAUCGGGCGCCGAUUGCUCGCCGCACUGCGCUCAGACUGCUGUCACGAGCUGGAAUUGAAGGACCCUUUCACGCGUCAUUCGAGGCUCGAGUGGCUGCGCACUUGAUUGCAUUUGAGGAGCAAGCGCACUUCCUUGACCCUCCAUUAUCUGUGUUUGACGAUGCAUUCAACUCGCCAACCACACCUGGCGAGCCUCUGUACGCGGUACACCACCGCCGAAUCCGUGUCAUCGUCCUUUGCCUCUACCUGAUCUACACCCUCACGCAGGCGCUGUACGAUGUCAAAGUGGCUGGCGACUUCUACACUCUCCUCGGCGUCACGCCCUCGAGUCCCGAACGCGAGGUCAAGUCCAAGUUCCGUCGCCUUGCCGCCAUUUUUCACCCAGACAAGGUCCGCGACGAACAGCAGGCGGCGGAGGGGGCAUUCGUUAAGCUGAAAUUGGCGCAAGACACAAUCCUCGAUCCCGCAAAGCGGUUCGCAUACGACCGCUUCGGCCCUGCCGUUGUAAGCCAGAACAGGCCGGGCCUCAAGACGACGACAGACUAUGUGUAUCUGGGGCUACGAAGCAAAUUGCCAGAGUAUAUCGGAAACGCAGUCGUGCUGGUCGUGCUCAACUAUGUCUGGCUGAGCAAAUGGGGCCAGUUCUGGCGGUACUAUGCUGUUGCGGUCAUGGCCUUCCUCGAGCUGUACUUCCUCACGCAUACGUUCACUCCCCCGCCUGCAAUGGCGAGGGCAAGUGCAGCUGCCUGCGCGCUGUUUCCUCAGCUGCUGCCACACCAUUUGCUGCCUUUUCAGAUCCUGGCAGUCGCUAGGAAGCUGUCCAUGUCGCUGAAUAUCUUCAUUUCUCAAUUGGCACCACCGUCAGCCAAGGUCGCUGCGGAUCCAAGUCAGCAGAUUCUGCAGCAGGUGGCUCAGUUGAGCAAUAUUGCGACGCGAGUCGAUGAGGAGGCCACUGGACUGCUAAGACUGCAAAUGGCACCAUUCCAGGGCAGUCCUCGGGAAGUGCAUAUCUUACGAGACGGCAUGCGCGAAAGUCUGAUCGCCAAUGCUGUUCAAUCAAGUGAUGGUGUCCGACAAGCAGUACAGGAAGCGCAGAUCAGGCGGCGGGCUGCUGCUGCUGCUGAAGUCGACCGAUGA